CGACAUGAACGUAUCUGAAGGAGCAUCCACAUCCCAACCAGCGUUUACACCUGGCACCGGCAAACCAAUCGAUGUCCUGGACGAGCAAUUCGCUCAGUACAUGCAGCUAGCAAGGCAGUUGCUUCCGAAAAUUAAAUCCCCCUCAGAUCGUCAAAUUUGCUCCAAGUACAUAGCACGCUGCUGCCAGCUGAGCAAUACCACCCACUCGGCCAGAAGCUAUCGAAACCAGUUCUUCCGGUACUUUCUCAAAGUGUUGGAUGCCACCGUACUGAACCAGCAACACUACGUUCAAAUGGACGAUGAACCACCCGAGCCAAUGCGGGACGAAGUGAAGGAAGUGUACCGCUGGUCCAACGAUCGAAAAUCCUACGUGGCAGCUAAAAUCAUUCCCAACUACGCGACGCUGGUGUACAUGGCCGUUUGCGAUGACCCCGAGCAGGGCUGGGACAACGGUGGGUUUGGCAGUUAUGAAUUUUGAAUGUGUUUGUGUGGAUAGGUAUGUGUAG